AUGUGUCUGUCGGUCAGUGUCCGCCAUGCAGCGACCAAUGAACACCUGAAGCACGAAGUGGUAAGUGGGCGAGUGCAGCAGACGAAGCGCGGUUCCAGUGAUGGCCGCGACGUGAUCGCGGCGACAGUUGUGACACCGGCGGCCAACAGCACUCCGACAACAUCUCUUUGCACUCUGACAUGUUUCGGAGACGGCACGUUGGACUUAUCUCGUGGCGACAGCCGGCUUGGCGACGAAUUCCAGUUUGACAGCGGAUACUGA